AUGUAUAAUUUUCAAGAUUAAUAAUUAUUAUAUGGAUUAGAAUUAGCUAAAUUGAGAUAUUCAAAAGAAGAAGAAAGAGCCAGAAAUAAAAAAGCUUAAUUAUUAUAAUACUAACCAUAAGUAUCUUUAUACUUCUAUAAAAUUAAGCAUUUCAAUCAAUAUGAACAUCCAUUAUCAAUAUUUAACAGAUCCUCAUUAGAUAGUAUUCCACUUGCUCAACCUGGAAUGGUAAUUAUUAAUAUUAAUAUAGCCAGUCAUUCCUAUUCCAUUUACAAUGAUGCCUUGGCCAAUGGAAUCAUAAAUCUAAAUGGGUUUUGAUUUCUAGAGAUCUAAAAAUUAAUAAGAAAUUAGAUAACAAAGAAUAGAAAAUAUAAUGAAUAUAGGUUUAAAUAUUUAUUUAAAUAUUAAGGUAAACCAAAACCAAUAUAAAAACCUGGAGAUAAAAUACUUUAUCCUCAUGAUUCCUUAUCAAAUUCUCGAUUAUCUACUAUAGGAUAAUCAUAAUUAAUAUAAUAUCCCUAAUAAUAUUAAUAAUACUAAUAAUACUAAUAACAAUAAUAGUAAUAAUAUUAAUAAUAUUAAUAACAAUAAAUGUAAAAAUAAUCAUAAUAAAAAUAAGAGAUUGAUAAAUUACUUAUAUCUAAUUAAUAUAAUAAACAUAUUCCCUAUAAAUAAUAACAACAGCUUAAUGAUUAACAAAUUAAAGAGGAAUUUAAAAAUUCUUUACAUAAAUCAAAAUUAUCUAAUAAUAGUAUUAUAAAAAGCAGUUCUCAUUCUAGCCAAUAAAAUUUUAUUAAAAAAACUAAAAAGAAAUUGCCUGUUUCUUCAAAAAGAUUUAGAAUAUUCAAAGCAUCAAUAAUUUUUAUUUCAUAUUACAUUAAAACUUUAAAUUCAGAAAUUGAAAAAAAAUUAAAAAUUUGUAGAGAGAGAGAUGCUUAAAUUCCAAAUAUUUUAGAUUAUCUUUUAGGAGAAUAUGAAACAGCUUUAGAAUAAUAGAUGAUUGAAUUUUUGAAUAAUAAAAUAGAUUUUAAAGUAGAAAUAGGAAGAGAUAAAGAAAAUUAAGCCAAAUUUGAAAAAGUUUUUGCUUUUAUUACUAGAUUUCUCAAACAGGCAUUAACAAUUAAACCUGAUACUAUUAAUUCCAUAUUUUUUGAUUUUUUAAGAUCAAUAUGCAUUCCUAAUUAAUUUCCACCUCUUGAAUAUUUUGUUCAAUAUGAAGCAGAGAGGAUUAGAUUUAACACUAUAGGUUAGAUUGGUAAAAUAAGUGAAUCUAUACAAUUAAUGAUUAUAGAAGGAGUAAUUUUACUCAGAAUUCUUGUUAACUAAAUGAUAUUUAAAGCAUGGGAAUAUCAUCCAUCCUAAGAUAAUUAAGAGGUUCUAUUUUUUAUUCAUAGAAAUGCUCUUAUAGUUGGAUCAAUUCUUGUACACUUAUAUUUAGAACGAUAUAUUAAUGAAAUCCCUUUAAAAUUUGAUUGGGGAAAGGUAUAAUGGAAUAGAAUCAAAAUUCUUCCUUAGAUAUAUGAUGAUGAUGAGCCAGACAAUAAGAAAACGGUCAUUAAGAAUCUUCUACCUCAAUAAAUAAUAACACCUUAUUUAAAGUAUUUGGCUGCUCAAACAAAAAAGAAUAAUGAAAUUUAAGAUUUAUUAAAUUAGAUCAUGUAAGGUUAUUUGAAAGAACUGAAUAAAUAGACAGAAAUAGUAUUUAAAGAAAAAGAAGAAAAGCCUAGAAUGAUAAGUUUAAUAAUGAAUACAAUAUAUAGGGAAAUAUAUGUAUCAAAGAGACCAAGAAGAUAUGAUUCUAAUUGA